AUGAAGCUCUUCAACAAAUUCCGCCAGAUUCUCAUGAAGCUCGUCUUUACACUUCCCUCCUCCAUGCGCCACCACAAAAAGAGGAAACCGGACUCCGGAUAUGGCGGUGAGAGGCUAGAGACACCGAAGAUAUCGUGUAGUAAUUCGUACUACUCCUCUCACACUCACUACACCGAAGCUAUCUCAGACUGUAUUGACUUUUUCAAUAGAACGUCGAUUGAUAGUAAGUCUCAACAAGAAAGUGAAGACCGGAUUGAUCAUGAUCACAGUUGUUUUAACGUUUAG